AUGGCCCGAGGCACGGAGCGAGGCCGCCGGGGCGCGGGCUGGGGGCUGCGCGGCGCCCUGGCCGCGGUGGCGCUGCUCUCGGCGCUCAAUGCUGCGGGCACGGUGUUCGCGCUGUGCCAGUGGCGCGGGCUGAGCGCGGCGCUGCGGGCGCUGGAGGCGCAGCGGGGCCGGGAGCAGCGUGAGGACAGCGCCCUGCGCGCCUUCCUGGGCGAGCUGAGCCGGGCGCCCGCGCUGUCCCCCGACCCCGGGAGCGCCACGCGCAACAAGCGCAGCCACGGCGGGGAACAGGCGCCGCACAUCCGCGCAGAGAGCCACGACAUGCUGAUGAUGAUGACCUACUCCAUGGUGCCGAUCCGAGUGAUGGUGGACCUGUGCAACAGCACCAAGGGUAUCUGCCUGACAGGACCACCUGGCCCACCAGGACCUCCGGGAAUUGGCGGGUUACCAGGACACAACGGGUCAGAUGGACAGCCUGGUCCCCAGGGCCCGAAAGGCGAAAAAGGAGCAAAUGGAAAAAGAGGAAAAAUGGGGCUACCUGGAGCCACAGGAAAUCCAGGGGAAAAGGGAGACCCUGGUGAACUGGGCUUGACUGGAAACGAAGGUCCUGCAGGACAGAAGGGUGAAAAGGGGGACAAAGGGGACGUGUCCAACGAUGUGCUCCCCGCAGGUGCCAAAGGUGACCAAGGCCCACCUGGCCCACCCGGCCCACCUGGGCCCCCGGGCCCUCCAGGUCCCCCAGGACCCCCUGGAAGCAGAAGAUCCAAAGGCCCUCGGCAGCCAAACAUCUUCAAUGGCCAGUGCCCAGGGGAGACAUGUGCUAUACCAAAUGAUGAUACCUUGGUUGGAAAAGCUGACGAGCAAGUCAGUGAACACCAUUCCCCACAAGCAGAAUCCAUGAUUGCUUCCAUUGGAAAUCCAACACAAGUAUUAAAAGUGACAGAGACAUUUGGGACUUGGAUACGAGAGUCUGCUAACAAGAGUGAUGAACGGAUCUGGGUGACUGAACAUUUCUCAGGCAUCAGGGUGAAGGAGUUCAAAGACCAGCCCUCACUGCUGAAUGGCAGUUACUCGCUUAUCCAACUCCCGUAUUUUUUCCAUGGCUGUGGGCAUGCCGUUUACAACAACUCUCUCUACUACCACAAAGGAGGCUCCAAAACCAUAGUGAGAUUUGAAUUUGACAAAGAAACGUCCCAAACCCUGAAGCUUGAAGAUGCCUUGUAUUUUGAUCGAAAAUACCUCUUUGCAAAUUCCAAGACCUACUUCAAUUUAGCUGUAGAUGAGAAGGGUCUUUGGAUUAUCUAUGCUUCAAGUAUAGAUGGCUCGAGCAUUCUUGUAGCACAACUGGACGAGAGGACAUUCUCUGUGAUGCAACACAUCAAUACCACGUACCCCAAAUCCAAGGCCGGGAACGCCUUCAUUGCCCAAGGGAUUCUCUAUGUCACAGACACCAAAGAUAUGAGGAUAACAUUUGCCUUUGAUUUAUUAGGAGGGAAACAGAUCAAUGCAAACUUCGAUUUAAGAACUUCCCAGUCUGUUCUUGCCAUGUUAUCAUACAAUAUGAGAGACCAGCAUUUGUAUUCGUGGGAAGAUGGCCAUUUAAUGCUUUAUCCUGUGCAGUUUUUGUCAGCUACAUAAAACCAGUGACGGAAUGCUUUCUUUUCCUUCCCCUCAGUAAAUUUCAGAUGUUCUCUAGCACCGUUUAUAUCCCAACAGAAAACUUGUCUUUCAGGGUAGCCAGGUACUCAGCUGUCGUAUCUCAUGACAUGAAUGUUUAUAUGGUCAGUGAAUCCGCUUUAAAUUCAGAUUCCUUGGGGGAAAAUAGCAACAGAUUGGAAGUCAAAAUGGCUGAGAUUUGGUAAUUCCUCCACAAACUAGCGGAGCAAGUUACCUCUUCCUCUUUGGGCCUUGUUUUCCCCGCUGGUAAUAUGGAAAGGCUGGCUGAGAGGAUGGUAAGCUUUCCUCUCCCUGUAGGGAAUUCUGUGAUUCUUGGCUGUGGCUACUCCCACAACUUUUAUGUUUAUGGUUUUUAGCCACGUGCUGAACAAAUUCACCUCUGAGUUGAGAAGCCUAAUUGCUUGAGCAAUGAAUUCCUUAGUGCUGACUUAUAUUUGGUGCCUUAGGCCACUGAGGUACCAUAUUACCCAUAAUAUAUUACCUUUCUCUGCAUCUGCGCCUGUACCCGCACCUGCUGCCACAGUGCCAGAAGAGCCGUUAUCCUCAGCUCCUGACUGCUGCCAGAGAUUAGCAAAAUCCAGGAACAGCUACCUGCUCAAGUUUCCUAAUGAAACAGAAACAGGCCCUUCCAGGUUCCUAUUAAUUUCUGAUCAUGCUGAUAUGCCGCUGUGGGUCAUAAACAUCGAAUCCUCAGGUCACACUGGCUUCUUCUACCACAGCUAUGGGUCAGAGUGCUAAAUAUUGUGUGAAUGGGCAUUAAUCUGGAAGUUUUCAGAAAAGACUCACCAUUUGUGGUUAUUGUCUAGAACAGGGAUGGGCAAAUUAUGGCCCUUGGUCCAAAGCCAGCCCAUCACCUGUUUUUGUAAAUGAAGUUUUAUUGGA